AGUAACUGGAACUAAAACAUUAAACCCCAGUGCCACCACAAAACCCUUCUGCUUCUUCCUCCAAAUCAUUUCCAUCUCCAAAAAAAAAAAAAAAAAACUAACAAUUCACUUUGCUUAUACGAAAGAUUCAAAAUUUCUCUAAAACCCAAGUUUCAUCCAUGAAUUUCUUAACAAAAUCAAUAGCAAACAAGUCCUUAUUCCCAAAAAAAUGCCAACUUUUAUUCCAAACCCUCACUACCCUCCAACAAUCUUCAAGAUUUGCCUCUACAACAAUCUCCAAAUCAAGAAAACCCAAAAUCCCAAAACCCCAAGAACCCUCUUCAUCUUAUGUGCUAACCCCUCCAAGAAUUGAGAUUGAUGAAGCAGCAAAUGUAUCUUCUUGGCCAAAGCCAAGUGAGAUACCUUACCAAGCAAAAGUUGCAAAUUUAGUUAAUCUUGUUGGUUUUGUGCAAACCCCAGUUAAGUUUGAAGCUUCAAAUGAUGGGAAAUAUUCUGCUGGUACUGUUGUUGCACAUGAAAGUAGUGAUGAUAACUCUGUUUUAAUGAUUCCUGUUGUGUUUACUGGUGAUUUAGCUCAUGUUGUCGCUUGUCAUGUGAAGGAAAAUGAUUGUGUUUAUGUUUCUGGGAAGUUCUCUAUGGAUCCAUUAUUGUCUUGUGAAUUCAUGGAUGAAUAUCAGUCUUGUUUUCAUAUUGUUGCUGAGAAUGUUAACUUUGUUCAGGGUCUUAAAAGAAAAAACCUAAAGGAGAGUGUGAAAUCUGUUUAUCUGAAAAGUAAUAAUCAGCAUUCUGAUUAUUUGGUCAAACAGAAGGAUAGCUUGUCUGGUUUAGAAUAUGAUGAUUCGGUUAACUUGGGUGGGGGGAAACUGAAGGAGGGGAGCGUUACUGGAGGUGACGAUUGGAGGGAACUUAUAAAGAAUCCGAAAGAAUGGUGGGAUUGUCGGAAGGCGAAGUUAGAUGGAAUUGUGAAAGCAAGGCAUCCUGAUUUCAAGAAGAAGGAUAGUAGUACUUCUCUGUGGGUUGAGAAUGCUCCAAGGUGGAUUCUUGAGGGACUCGAAGGACUUGAAUUCGACGUUUAUGCUCCUAAACCGAAAGGCGUUGGGAAGGAAGUUGAUUCUUGGAAAGAUUUGGUGGAGAAUCCUGAUAAUUGGUGGGACAAUAGAGCUAAUAAGUUGAAUCCGAAAGCACCUGAUUUUAAGCACAAGAAUACUGGUAUAGGGCUUUGGGUCGAUAGCUCACCAGAUUGGGUUUUGUCACGGUUGCCACCAUUGCGAGAACAACGAGCUGCUUUUUCAGACAAGCAGCACAUUCAACUCCAUUAGGAAGAGUUUCCAUAUAAGUUUGAUGCUAUGACAGUGAAUUUUGUUCAGUGUAGUCAAAUACUGGCCACCUAAAGUUUGAGAAGUAUUACGGUGGAGGGAAGCACAUUAUCGUUAUGCUUGUGAAGCACUUAUUUUCCCCUAUAAUGGUACAUCUUAUAGCACUUUCUGAUGAUAGUUUUGUUUUCCGAUGCAUCUUUUCGUUGUGAUUUUGGUGAAUAUGAAGAUCUUGAUAGUAGCAUUUUGAAUAUAGCAGUGCUGUUUGUUGAUUCUCCAUACAUAA